GGGGCGGGAACCGGAAGUGGGGUUGGGCCGAGUUCCGGGCGCGAGGCGUGCACUGAGAAGAGCAAAGCGCGGCGGCUGAAAGCUGGGGAGAUAGAGUCGUGAUGUUCCGGAUCGAGGGCCUCGCGCCGAAGCUGGACCCGGAGGAGAUGAAACGGAAGAUGCGCGAGGAUGUGCUCUCCUCCAUACGGAACUUCCUCAUCUACGUGGCCUUGCUGCGAGUCACUCCUUUUAUCUUAAAGAAAUUGGACAGCAUAUGAAGAUUGGACAUCACAUGUGAAUGUAUGAUAUGAAGAACCUGGUUUCAGUUUCUACUCCUAUCUGCAAAUGAAUAGGUCCAGAAAGGUGUAAGAGACUUUGAUUGAAUGGACAUAAAAAUUCUACUUGUUAAGAACAAGUUUGACUCUGGUAACUGACCUUCAUAGCUAAAAUAUAAAACUAUUUGGGAAGAAUGAAAGACAUCUUGUGGUCAUGGUGUGCCUUUAUGCCUGUGAUAUUUGGCCUCUGUGAAUGUUGGCAUGAUUGUAAAUUAGUAAUGUCAAACUCCAUUUUCAAGCAAGUGUUAAUUAUAAGGGAACUGUGUCUGAAAUGGCACUGUCUUAUCAGUCAUUUCUGUUUACCUUUUUACUUCUGUCUGGCAUGUAUUUGUGAAGAGUCCCUUAUAAUUAAUUAUAUAUGUUUUAUGGAAGUCAGCACACAACCACAGUGACAUUUAAGCACAGGACCAUUAGUUUUUAAUAAACAUAGCAAUU